AUGUUGAGUCGCUGGGUGCAGACAACGUGGCGCGCCGAGGCGAGCGGAGUCGGGGCUGGGGGGUUCCGCGGGCGCGUCCUGCCCUGUUUGAAGAGGCCGUGGGUUCAUGCCGUGCUGCUCUACCUCCUCACCUUCGGCGUCGUGCUGCCCCUGCUGUGCCAGGGACUGCGGCAGUCCCGGCCGCCGCCUACCGCUACUAUCUGCCGAAGGGCCUCGGUGAUGCUGAGCUGGGCCGUUCUGGCCCUCUACACCAUGCUGGUGGUCGAGCUGGCCGGGCGCCACUACCUGCUGGAGUGGCGCCGCCUCAGCCCUCAGCUCUACUCCCUGAUGCCCGCCACCGAGUGCUGCACUCCCGCCAUGCUCUUCUCGGCGCCGGCUGCCCGCCGGGUGCUGGCGUACCUCGGCAGCGUUCGGUGCAGGGCGGGCUACGCCAAGGACACGGCGCUCUACGCCCUGCUGCGGGAACACGGCGAGACUGCCUAUGCCCUGGAGCCCAACCUGGUCACCCACAUCGGGCUCUACUCCACCCUCCGAGGCCCCGAAGACCAGAGCCCGUUGGAGGACCGGAAGAUGAUCUGGAGGAGCAACCAGACACAACAAAGAGCAGGCAGCCAAAGACAAGAGGCGCCCCGGGAUGUGUAG